AGUAUUUAACGAACUGCUAACGGAAUCAGAAUGAGAGAAUCAAAGAAUAAAUUCAAACAUUUCAAUUGUGUUAAACCAUUGUAUGGGAAAAUGAAAACGCGCAUUAAAUCUAAAAACGUUACUGUUCUAGUCGACACUGAAGACAAUAUUGUUAAAAAUACACUACCAGAUAACCUUGAAGCGAAAAUAAUAGAAAAAACUAAUGAUAAAAAACAUAAAAUCAAUAUAAAUAAACAAAAAGAAACACUGCCUAAUGCUUGUGAAGAAAACACGCAUGAUAAAAACAGAGAGUGCAAAUUUUAUAUUAAAGUUCAAAACUAUAAUGAUUGUGAGGAUUUUGUAGAAAUUGCAAAAAAAGUUGCUUACAAAAAAAAUGUUGAAGAGAUAGACCGGUUAGUGACAGCGAAGAUACCAAGAAUGUGGUUAAGAUUAUUUCCCAUAUCAAAGCGACCAGGCGAGAGUAUGUCUUCGGUAUUAGUGAGAUACUUGAUAUCCCAGCUCGGGCUGUGUUCUUUUCUGGUGCUCUGGACUACUCUUUGGAUUUUCGUAAUACAAUAUUAUGAAGGUCUCAACGAAAUGAAAGUGGCUUUGGGAUUUCAAAAAGAGCAAAAUCGACUUGUUAUCGAUCUCGCUACAGAACUCAGACAGAUCAGCUUAGUCUCGCCCAAAUGGAAGCAAGCAAUAAUGAAACGUAUGGACGAACAAAGGCGUCUCACCGAAUCAGCGAACAGUAAUGGCGCUAAAUUAUAUACAGGACAGCUAUGGAAUCUUUCUGGAACAUUUUUGUUUAACAUUUAUAACAUGGCGGUGUUUGGCAUUGGAGCUCCACUUCCACAAACAUUAUGGGGAAGAUUAGCGACUGUAAUGUACUCUGUUGUAGCCACACCAACUCAUAUUUACUUAAUGAAAAACUGGGGCACGUUCGCUGCGGUGCAAGUCGAAAAAUAUGUCAAAAGCUUUAAUAAAACUGAUGAUGAUUCACGUAAACUUUACGAUAAAUAUAACAACAAGAAUAAUUAUGACUGUAGUAAGCUUAAGGUACUCAUUACGGUUAUAUGCCGUUGCGAAGCUCUGUUACUGAUCGCGUACUACGUUUUGGGAAUAAUAUUGUUUGGCUUACUUCGACAGAAAGAACAAUUUGUUGCUGUCGCGUUUCCUUGGGAAUUUACUACGUAUGGUGGAUUGGAGGAAGUAGCUGGUACUGUACGAGUUUUGUACGGUUUCUAUGUGGAGGGAGCAGUGAUUUUACUGGCGUACUGUCUGUCGAGCUUACUUCAACGUACUAGUACUAAGCUAAAACACUGGGCUCAAAAAUACAGAUUGUUUCAGACAGAAAGUCCUGUUUAAAAUAUUACAUCUAUGUAAU